GGUUCGAAAAUCGUUGCUCGUCCUCCUUUCUCUUACCCAAGUCGAGCUCGGCCCCGCGCACGCUAAUGGCGAUGCCAUGGGCUGCCCUGGUUUCUUCCCCUCCUGCUACGGUUUCUCUCUGCCGUGCGUCUCCUUCUGUCUGUUGCACGGUCGAUAGGAGCCCUCUGACGAAGCAGUACGCUUCUCUGUCGUGGUCUUCGUCAAUCUCACACGUCCAGAUCUCCUCUCAGCAGCUCUGCAGAUCACCCUCUCCCUUCCUUCCCAAACGAAAGGUUGGUAUUGUACAGGCCGCCUGGACUCGCAGAUCAAGAAGUGAAGCUGCAAAGAGGCCCAAUAGAAAAUCAUGGAAGCAAAGAACUGACAUGUACAUGCGGCCCUUCCUGCUAAAUGUUUUUUUCUCCAAGAGAUACAUUCAUGCAAAAGUGAUGCAUAGAGGAACGAGCAAAGUUGUAUCUGUAGCGAGCACUAAUUCUAGGGAACUCAGGAAUACUUUGCCAUCUCUUGUUGACGAUGAUGCUUGUAGGACCAUUGGACAACUGAUUGCUGAACGAUCAAAGGAUGCCGAUGUUUUUGCACUGGCUUAUGAACCCAAGAAAAAUGAGAGAAUUGAAGGCAAACUUGCAAUUGUACUUGAUACCAUAAAAGACAAUGGAAUCAUUUUUGUGUAGACUACCUUUGUGUUCUUUAAAAGUGUAGCAGGAUAUAUGCUUGUUCUACAUUAACAUUGUCUUAUGUACAAAAACAACAUGCUCAAUAGAGCAUUUCCAACUUUGACCAUGACCUUCUCAUAUUAUUGAAGCAAGGCAGCAUGACAUUUAUGAAUAUCA